UUCACUUAUAGUUCAUAAAAACAAACACUUUCUAGAGUUAUUUUUCUUGCUUAUAUUAAACCCAUAAAUAUUUCUACAUCAAAAAAAAUCCAUAAAUAUUUCUCAUAAAUAAGAGAUAUGGAAAGAGUAAAUGAGUUAGCUAAGUCAAAGGCAGCAGUAAUAUUUGCUAAGAGUUCAGAUUGUAUGUGUCAUAGCAUAAAGACAUUAUUCUAUGACCUAGGAGCCAGUCCGGCGGUCUACGAAAUCGACCGAGACCCGAGAGGUCGAGAAAUCGAGACCGCAUUGCAAAGGCUUGGGUGUAAGCCCACUGUUCCAGCCAUAUUUAUUGGUGGUAAGUUUGUUGGGUCUGCUAAAGAUGUUCUUGCUGCUCAUCUAACUGGCUCUCUCAAAGACAUGCUUAUUGCUGCUAAGGCUAUUUGGUUCUAACACUAUUUAACCAAAAUAAUAGGAUUAGACCUAUAUAACGGGUCGGAUGCAGGCCGGGUUAGGUGGGGCUCAAAUAAAUAUGGGCUCUAAUUUUAGGACGUAGAGUAAACACUUUUUUUAGUGCCUAAAAAAAGGAGCGUAUAGACUCCAAUUUGUAAAGGGUGGAUUUCAACAAUCAGUUUAAGUUUUUAAUUGAGUUGAUAUCUUAAUAUGGUAUCAGAGGUCUACGUGAUAGAAGUUCACAAUUAAGCAUGCUCUUCAAGGGUUUUCUUUUUUUGUAAGCUCUUGAUACUAGCAGCAUUUUGUGACAACAAGGACAAUGUACAUAAGAAUGAAUGGAAAUAAAAAAGCUAAAUGUAUAUGCUUUUAUGUCUAA